AUGGACGCGGCGCACCGAGCUGCGCUCCUCACCGCCUCCUGCCUCAGGACACCCGUGAACCCGCGCACCAGGGCGCCGCUGGCUCUGUACGAGCGGGAGAGGCGCCCGCCGGCCGCCGCGGAGCAGCAGGAUGAUUUUGACUUGGACUGUAAUAAUACUGAGAGACAGCAAAGCCCCACUGUAAGUGGGGACUGUGAGGACUGGAUAGACUUUCCCAAAAUGUGCCACUCAAAUCAGGAAUAUUACUUGAAGCUGGAAGAGCUGAAGAAUGCCCACCUGGAGACAAUGGCAAAACUGGAAAACAUGUAUCAGAAUAAGCUGCAUUUGAAAGGAGUACAGCCCCUGGACAAUAAGGAUGCUGCUCCCAGUUUGUGUUAUAGAUCAAUAUGGGAUAAGAGCUCAUUUCGGCCUCUGAAUUUGCAUAAAUCUUUUUCUGAGCCUGACUUAAAUAAUCUGUCCUAUUCAAGUUUGUCUGAUGGGUCUGAUGCAGAAUUAGAGUUGGAAGAAGAAAAUGGUAGUGAAACUGGGUCACUGACAUUUGCUAAGGAGCAGAUCGAAAAAAUGUGGGAUGGGUUUUCUGUGGACGACUAUGUCUAUCACACUAAACGUAGCUUACCAAAUUCACCAACAUUCAAAAUGAUGGGGAAGAAGCAGAAAGAGUGGUCACCAAAGGUCACUGUGCCUAAGCCUUUCCAGAUGACUAUUCGAGAAGCUAAGAAAAAACAACAGAAUGUCAAAUCAAAGUCACAGAUAGAAACGGAAAAUAACUUAUUGAAGAAACAACUAGAGGAAGAAGCAGAGUGUCAAAAGAAAUUCAGAGCCAAUCCUGUGCCUGCUUCCGUCUUCCUUCCGCUUUAUCAUGAAAUAAUGGAAAGAAAUGAAGAACGCAGGAAGUUUGUGAAAGAGAGAAGCAAAGAUAUUCUUUUGGCCUCUCAGAGACCAUUUCAGUUUAUCAGGAGAGAGGAGCAAAGGAAAGAAAUUAGGAAAAUGCAAUUAAAAGACCUUUCAUUGCCUGAAAAGAAAACAAAAUUAUUCCAAGCAAAACCUGUCCCUAAAUCUGUUUACAGUCCAGCCAUUAAUGAUAAGUUAAAAGAAGAAGAGCUCUAUAGAGAAAUUAGGAUCCAAAUGAGAGCUGAAGAGUUGCUACGUAAUUCUUCUCUUCCCAACAGCAGACUGGCUAGUAGAACUAUCAAUAAACAGAGGAAACAAAAGUGCAAUCAACAGAAAGAAGAACUGGAGCAUAAACCAAGGAUCAAAUCUAGGGUUCCAGACUUUGAAACACUGCACCAAAAAUUCCAGAAUAGGCUCCUGAAACAGAAACAUGUGAAACACAUCACAGUUUGUGAACCCUUCAAUCUUCGUACUCCACGUAUCCCAUCCAACAAAGGGAAGAUUCUGCAGGACAUUCAAGCAGAUGAAGAAACAUUAAAAGAAACACGCUGGCCAUACGCCUCUCCAAGAUGCAAACCUCAAAUGAGGUGUUCAAGUGCAAGUUCAUCUCCCUUGGGACGUGAGCAAUCUGAAUCUCCAAGAAUCACAGAGUCUACCAAAAGAAGAAUACAAGCUAUAAGGAAACAUGAGAAGCAAAGAAUGCAAGAGUAUCUGCAGGAGCGGGAAGAAAUGGAAGAAAGAGUAAACCAGAGGCCAUUGCUUUUGGAAAGAGCCACUCAGAAAAAUGCCAGAAUAGCAGCAGAAAAGCAUUACUCUGAUAUACUGAGAGAACUGGGGAUUUGUGAGGACUUCCUUUCAAAAAAAAGUCAAACUGCUAAAUUGCUGGACCAGCCCAAUGCUAAAGGCUUUGGAAGCUGCACUGAAGACAGAGAAAGUCUUAAUGAAGAUAAAGUUCAAGAAAGAGAAUCCUGUGAUGGGCAGAAGGCAAAUCCUCACUCUGACCAAUCUUGUGGGGAGGCGGAAGAGGAGAAAGCAAGCUCACAGUCUGACCAAUUCUGUGAGGAGGAAGAGGAGAAGGCAAGCUCACAGUCUGACCAAUCCUGUGAGGAGGAGGAAGAGGAGACGGCAAGCUCUCAGUCUGACCAAUCCUGUGAGGAGGAAGAGGAGAAGGCAAGCUCUCAGUCUGACCAAUCCUGUGAGGAGGAGGAAGAGGAGAAGGCAAGCUCACAGUCUGACCAAUCCUGUGAGGAGGAGGAGGAAGAGGAGAAGGCAAGCUCUCAGUGAUCAUGAUGAUGAGGAUGUUGUGGAAUGUGAGGAUGAUAAGUAUGAAGAUGGUUUAGAAGAAAAACCUAGUAAUGCUGAAGCUAACUGAAAGGAAGGAAGACAGACUUACUUCUCUUAUUGCGUUGGAGCUCAACACACAUUGCUGGCAAUGGGUAUAUGCUAAAGAAAAAACUGACUCUUGGUGCUAUGGGCAUUUUGAACUGCAUACAUGUAGGUCUUGUGUGAAUUUCUAUUUGUUAGCAUAAUAUAACUUCAAAUGCUGAAUUUGCUUUUUUUCCAGUAAGAAAAAAUUAUCAUUACUCAUUUCCAUUAGCAGUUGCACUUGUCAGUGUAUGCUUUAUUCUAAACUUUCAUUGCAUGAGCGCAUUUCUGUGUUCAGAAAUACUAACCACAGUUUAAAACUCACUUCUUCCAUUCCUGUUGGCUAAUACUUAGGCUUUUACAUUUCCAGCUCUUUGCCUUCAUGCUGACAAAAUAGGGUGGGAAGCAGUCAUCAGGAAGGAGAAACAGUGGCGUUACUCCAUAAGCAAAGAUCUUAGAGCAACAUUACCUCUUAUUUCAGCACUUCUAGGAUCUGCUCAGUUUUAACCAGCCCUGAAUAUAUUUUCCCAUUAUGGCAGUGGAAAUUUGGGUGUAACUCUCAUUAAGGAUGAUGAUGGGAGUUUCUUGUGUAAAUCCUCUGGCCAUCAUUGGCCGAGUGGUAGCCAGGGACACCAAAAUGCCAACUUACUAUGCAGCUGGACUGUCCUUGCAACUGCUUAAUGAAUGCUCCUUUUAAUAUAAUUUAUUAAUAGCACCCCACAUACUAGGGCUCUUGGGACGCUGAACAGGAUAACAAAACCAUGACUCAUAUACAAUAAACACAUAUGGAGCCCCUCAUUAAACUUCUAUAGGACUUUGUAAUGCUAAAAGAAGGGAGGGGGAACGAAUUUGUAGCAUGAACUUCAGAAGCAGUAUUUGUAUUUUUGUUAUACUGUGGAUUAUGUAUUAGAACAAAUGUCUAAUCAAAGCUCCAAAAUUGUGUUCUCUGUAUGAUAUCUUUAAAUCUCUUUUAAGAACCAUUCCAAGAUCAUGUGAAAUAAUUCAUUAUAAUGUAAUAAUGCAGAUUAAAACUAAUGUUCAUUAGUUUCUUUAUUGAGAUAGUUAACAGAUACUGUAAAUCAAGAAAUUAUUACGUGUGAAAAAUACAACACUUGCAGCUGUAUUUAAUAUUUUUUUUUGAGUGAGUAGAAGAAAAGGGGUUUAGUAAGCUUAAGUAGUCUUUCUCCUUGUAUUUGCUACUCAGCCCAUCAGCUUUCCUCUUAGGCUACUCCUGAAAUAAGAACCCAAAUGAAGACAUGAAUGCUUCAUAUGGAGAGCACCUUCUGGUUCCCUCUCCUAUUCUGUGCCUGGCCUUCCUACUGUUCUCAGUCAUUGCCAACGUAGGGACGGAAAAGAGAAAUCUAUCUGCAUAAUAAUAAACAGCUGCUGAAGAGCUUCAAAUAAUAGUUUGCAAGCUAAAUAAAGAAUGAUGCAAAAUAUCUACACACAGCACAUACACCCAAAACAUCUUGGGUAACCGGCAAAUAUUAGUAAGUUGCAUUUUUGUCUGAAUACUGAAUUAAAAGUGGUUUCAGAUGCUUUUGUAAUCAAGUAUUAGGGUUUUAUUUUCCUUUUUUCUAACAAGUUUUGUAAUACUGUUAGAUUAUUUCUUCUUUGGUUAGAUCUGCAUCAGAAGACUCACUAAAAUUUGAAUUCAGAUGAAGUAUAUAUAAUUGUCAUGUU